AUGCCAAAACACAACAAAUCUCUCACCACAUCCAAAUCAAUUCCAUCAUCGGAAGAACACUCGGGAAUUAAAAAAAAGCAAAAUACACAAACUGUCUUGGUUAAUUCCAUCAGAAAGAAAAAAAUAGAAAGAGCCAUCAAGAAUGAUUAUGAAACUGAGAAGGCUAAAAAGGAAGAAGAUAAGAAUGAUUUUCUCUCCAAGAUGAGUGAAGACUAUAAUCCAACAUCAACGGAAGGUCAAUUCGAAAUGAUGAGAGGCUUGAUGAAAAAGACAACUAAAAAAUCAGGUCUUGAUAUCUUUGAUGAUGAUGAGGAAAUGGAAGAAUCUAAAAAGAAGGAUGAGGAACCAAUUGAUGAAAAUCAUCUUGUAAAAACUAGUGAACAACAAGUUUCAAUUUUGGAAAAAGUCUUGUCGAAAAAGAAGAAAUCCGAAGAACUCAAGAAAAAGUAUGAAAAGAAGGAAGCUAUGGAAAAGAUUGCUUUGGAACAAUUACCAUUCUCAAAGAGUACUACCAAGUCAACAACCACUCCAUCAUCAACAUCAGCAACAACAACAUCAAGUGUGAAAUCAACAACAACAACAACAACAACAGACUUUAUUCCACUUGCUGUUCCACAAACAGAAGUUAAAUCCAUUGAUAAGGAUUUACCUUUCGUGAAGGCACCAAUCUCUAAAACUAUUUGCUUGCAUUGUGAAAGAGAAAGAACCAUCAGGGGUUUAAUGAUCAAAUAUGUUAUUGUCACCAACGAUCAAGAUGAAGUUAUUUAUCAUGCUGCUUCAGAAGAUACACUCCGAGCCAUUGCUGAAGAUAAAGAAGCAGUAGCCUCAUCAACACAGGCAAAUAUUUCUCUGGGAGAGGUCACUUACUCACUCCUCACUAUUCGUGAACAUUUGAGUAAGAUUUUCAGAAAAACUUUUGUAAUUGUUGGUUACACAAUUUACAAUGACAUGAUUGGUAUUUUUGGUCCAAGAAAUAUUCGUGAAUUCCAAAGUAAAUUGAGAGAUGUCGGUAUUGUGGAUCCAAACACAGAACAACCACUCGAUAGAUCCAUGCUUACCAAUGUAUCCGUACUCUUGAGCAAAUUGCUUGGUCUCAACAAUACCAAAAAGAUGACUCGUAUCGAAAACACAACCAAUAUCUAUAAGGCUUACAAAUUGCAUUCCAAGAUUUUUGACAAGUAUUCAAAACAAUCUUCACUCGAUUUAUUAGGAUUUGAGGAAAGACAAUUAAUCAAGAAGGAAAAGAAAGUUCAAUACCAACAAAAAUACAUGACUGCAAUCAAUGGCAGUAUUGACAAUAUUCUCUCUCAAAUGAAGAAUAAAUAA